AUGGAGGAGGAGGAUGACGACAGUGUGGACCUGCCAUCCACUGUUGAUGUCAAGGCCAUCAGGUCGGACAUCGACUCGGACAGUUCGUCGUCGGGCUCGGGCGGCCAAGACUCGGACUCGGAGAGCUGCGGCUGGUCGGACGUGGCCGACAGUCUGGCCGACGAGCAGCCGGGUCACCACGUGGUGCCGACGAGGCACGCGGCACCGCCGGCCGCCGCCGCCUCCCCCCAUAAGGCUCGGGCGCCAGAGCCGCAGCACGUGGCCCAGUCAAGGCACGUGGCCAACGCGGCCGCAGCGCCGUCGCCGCACAAGGGACGGCCCAGGAGCCGCCGCCGCAGCCGCUUGGUCCCCGACAGACUGACGCCCGUCACCACUGCCUCGGUGCCUGCCGGGACACCGUCCAGCCCGCGGCCGCCACCGGUGCUGGCGGUGCCGGCGCCUCAGCCACUCUCUGGCUCUGACGACUCCGAGUUCGAGGUGGCCGUGCUGGGUGGCGUGCGGGCCGCGCUCAAGUCGCUGGAGGACGACGCCGAGGUGGCCGAGCGCGUCACCACGCCUGAGAAGCAGACCUGGUGGAAGAACAAGCUGAAGCAGUCGGCGCAGAGCCGCGGCGAGUCGGGCCAGAGUCUGGUGCGGCCCUGGGAGAGCCGGACGGCCGGCACGCCGCUAGGUGCCGCCGGAGCGCGCCGGCCGCCGCCGGACGCGCCGCCGCCGCCGCGCACCUCGCCCUCGACCGGCCGCAACGGGCUGCGACUGAGCGUGCGCGUGGACGAAAAGGCGGCGAGCCCGCCGCGCCCCAGCUCAGGCGGCCGCAGUCCGUACGUAAAGAUCGGCAACCGGCUGUCGCCCCGCUCGCCCCGCUGCGCGCUGCCAUCACCGGGCGAGAGCCACACGCGGAAGCCGUCCCUGUCUGAGAUCCUCAACUUGGAAAACAAGAACUCGCACCUGCGUGCCGCGCGCCAGCCGCUGGAGACCGACUACGACGGCGCGCCUAAGCUGCCGCACGAGCUGCGAGGAGGCUAA